CUUUCAUCCACCAGCAUGUCUGAAGCGAAGACAUCUCCCUUCAAGACCUAUUUUGAUGAGAUAGCUGAGAGUAAUGGCGAUGAUGAGUGCAAGGCAUGGCUAACCAGGAUUUUUGAAUUAAAAAGUGAAGUCGUAGACUUCGUCAGUCGUCGUCGGCAAGGAGGUGGAGUCGGAACAUACUCUGGAUUCCUCAAAGGUUCAUUCAAUUUCAGCUUCCGGGUCAACUUCCAUGACGGCGAAGACGUCAUUAUUCGGUUCCCAAAACCUGGUCACACAGCUUUCGCAGAGGAAAAGGUAGCAAACGAGGUCGCGAUCAUGGAAUACCUUCGAGACAACACCACUAUUCCUAUCCCUCGGGUACACAGUUGGGGCUUGACUAGGGAGAGCCCUCAGCAGAUAGGACCCUUUAUCAUCAUGGAUUUUGUGCGCGGCACGCUUCUGUCGACGAUUCUUAAGCUACCAGCCGGAGAGGACUUACUUCUCAAUCCACAUAUUGAUGACACAAUCCUGGACAAAGUGUACUAUCAAAUCGCCAACUACAUGCUCCAACUCUCUCAACUCAACUUCUCUCAGAUUGGGGCAAUUUCAAAACACCACGAAGUCAACACAUGGUCGGUGACAGCAAGACCACUCACCUAUAACAUGAACGAGCUGGCCACGGUCUCGGGUUAUCCUAUCACCAAAUUUCCCGUGUCACCAUUCGAACGCACAAGUGACUAUCUUGCAUCGCUUGCGGAAGAGCACUUGACUCAUCUCUGGACACAGCGUAACCUGGUUGAUAAUCCGGACGUCGCUCGAGGACGGUUCAGUGCGCGUCACCGACUCUGGCAGCUCAUCCCCAAAUAUUGUCUUGAUGAUUCUGGCCCUUUUAUCCCUUAUUGCGAUGAUAUGCGGCCUUCGAACAUGCUCGUCGACCCCCAAACGUUUCAUAUAACGGCUAUGCUCGAUUUUGAGUUCACAAAUGCGAUGCCAGCCCAGUUCACAUACGAUCCGCCCUGGUGGCUGCUAUUGUCCGGACCAGAGAUGUGGCUCGAUCAGGGCCCCCUGCAAGAUUUCAUUCCUCUCUUUGAGCACAGGAUGGAGCAAUUCUUACAGGCCAUGGAACGAGCUGAAAAUGACUGCGAAUCAAAGACGAUGGAGCCAAGUCUUUCUGUCCGAAUGCGUGACUCGUGGAAGACGGGACGUUUCUGGUUUGACUAUGCGAUAAGGAAGAGUUUCGACAUCGACGUUGUCUAUUGGACUGCACUUAGACCGUAUGAUGACGAUGCCGAAUCCCUCCCGGAUGAAGUGGUUGCAGAGAUGGAGUCGUUCACACAAACGAAGAUGGCGCAGCUCAAGGAGUAUAAGGAGGAUUGUGCAAUGCGUUUUCAGACCACAAAUAUCUAGGGCGAGAAGGUGCAAACAGUCAAGCCGGAUGAAUAACAUUCAUAGUUGCAAUGCUUCAAAUUGAGCUAUGUAAUCUCUAUGCAACAGGUCUUGGUUGUGAUCCAUCGACGACCACGGAAGGAACGAAUUGUUACCAGCCCUCAAUUUCCAUUGCAACGUCUCAAGAGGAUGUAUUCCCUUUCUUCGACUAUCGAAGUUCAUUCCCAC